AUGGAUCAAGUGUUUAGCUACGAAUCUUUUGUUCAUGCUACUGCCGGUAGUAUUGGUGGACAAGCUGCCAUGUCUGCUUUUUAUCCUAUUGUUAUCACCACUUGUCCAUUGUGGGUCAUUACAACAAGAUAUAAGGCUCAAAGAAAGAAUGAUUCUACUGAAAAUGAGGGAAUUUUCAAAGGAAUGGUCAAAAUGGUUAAAGAAGAAGGUAUUUCAACAUUGUGGAGUGGUGUUCUUGCCAGUAUUGUCCUUGUUACAAAUCCAAUGAUUAACUAUACUGUAUUUGAUCAAACUAAGAAGCAUUAUUUGAAAUAUAUGAAUCAAAAGAAUCUUACUUCUAGUCAAUCAUUCUUCCUUGGUCUUUUUGCCAAGUUUAUUGCCACCAUUUUGACCUAUCCACUCCAAGUUGCUCAAACUAAAUUGAGAACUUCAAAGAAGACAAUGACUGAAGAAGAAAUUAGAAAGACUGGACACAAGAUUUAUAAGAAUACUUUGGACUGUCUGAUUAAAAUGUUUAAGGAGGAUGGUAUUUAUGGAUGGUAUCAUGGUUUGAUGAAUAAGCUUGUACAAACUCUUUUGAUGUCUGCAUUCCACCUUACCAUCUAUGAUACAAUUGUUACUGAAGUUGAAAAGGCCAUGGGAGGUAAACAUAAAUAA